AUUCUUACGCGUGAAGUAGAUGUUAGCGGGAAGAGAAUGAAGAAAUUGAUAGCCUUAUUUCCUGGAAUGUAUUUGUAAUAGUACAAAAAGUGUGUUUAAUAUUAAAUGGUACUUACGUCUGGCGCAUGAACUUUCAGAGAUGCCCAUGGAUCACAGAUACGAAGAGUCUACCCCUUUGAUGGUCAGAGACCGGGGGGGCAGUCACAAGUCCAGCUCAAGUGUGGCCUCCAGUUUACAAGUGCACCUCUACUUCUUCCCUGGCACAAAGGAAGAGACAACGCUGCACAUUUCAUCUGGACAGAUAUCAGCUGAAAAUGUCUGUAUAAAAGCAGGAGAGAAAUGUGGAAUCUUACCAGUUUACCUUGGUCUUUUUGGAUUGGCCUCUGCCGAUCACUCAUUUUGGUAUCCUCCAUCACACAUGUUUGACUCAGAUGAGAACAUACAAGUUCACUUCCGAGUCAGGUUUUUCUUUGGAAACUGGUUUGGCCAAGGAUCAAGAACCUCUUACCGCUACAGCCUGACGAGAGACAGGAUCAGCCCAGUGCUCGACUACAAUGCCAUAGAUUAUCUUUUUGCUCAGGUGCGAAGUGACUUCAUCAGCAGUAAAGCAGGAGUUGUCCCUCCACUCAGUGCCCAGGAGGAGUGCCUUGGCCUUGCUGUGCUGGACUUGUGGCGAAUGGCUAAAGAGCGCAAUCAGACUGUACGAGACCUCUGCAAGACUGUCAGCUAUAAAUCAUGUCUACCCAAGUCUCAUCGCCAUGACAUCCAGAAGCGAAAUCGCCUGGACCGCUAUCGAAUCCGAAACACCCUCAAGCGGUUCCUGAAGAAGCUUGGAAACAGCUCAGUAGAUGAGUGCAGCUUGAAACUCAAAUAUCUGAUAGAACUGGCUGGCAUUGAGCCUUCUCUGGGAAGUGAGACCUACCAUGUGAAUCGGCCGUCCCCCUACUCAACGGCAACUUUCUCACACGUGAGGGUCACGGGAGAGACGGGAAUUCAAAAAGGUGGAAGCUGUCACCCUGAUGGUGGCCUGGAGUGGCAUACAUUUUGUGAUUUCCAAGAAAUCAUUGACAUCAGUAUAAAGAGAGUCUGCCACGAGCUGGUGCCCCAAGACAGCAGGAUGGUGACCAUAACUUGUAAGGAUGAUAGAUCCUUGGAAGCCAAUUUCCAGACUCUUAAAGAGGCGAUUUCAUUCGUCUCUCUUGUUGAUGGCUACUUCAGACUGACCACAGACUCCAGCCACUUUUUCUGCCAAAACAUCGCUCCACCAAGCAUUCUGGAGGCGAUAAAAAACCAUUGCCACGGCCCAAUUAUAUCAGAGUUCGCUGUCAACAAGCUGAAAAAGGCAAGAUGCAAAGGAGGUACUUUCCUCCUCCGGCAGAGUCCCAAGAGCUAUGAGAACUUCUUCCUCACUGUUUGUGUUGAGACCCAAUUUGGACUUGAUUACAAAGACUGUCUCAUUAUCAAAAAUCAGUACUACAACCUUCCUGGAGUCCAGAAAUCAUUUUCCAGUUUGAGAGAGCUGACCUGCUACUAUCAACACAACAAGCUGCUGCUGGCUGAAAUACCUGUCAUGUUAGCUCGCUGCUGCCCACCUCGACCCAAAGAGCUGACAAAUCUGAUAAUCAUACGCAACAGCAGCAUGGUUGAGACUCAUGGUUCCCCAACACCUGAAAGGAACAAAUUCAGUCAUAUCCAGUUCCACAUGAUCAAAUAUGAAGACCUGGAAUGGGGUGAAAGCCUUGGACAGGGCUCUUUCACCCGAAUCUUUAAAGGCUCCAAAACAGACAUCCAUGAUGGGAAGCAACACAUGACAGAGGUUCUUCUGAAGGAACUCGAUGCUGCUCACAGGAACCGCUGGGAGUCAUUUUUUGAAGCUGCCAGUUUGAUGAGCCAGAUCUCACACAAACAUCUCCUUCAUGUCUAUGGCGUUGGUGUUCAUGGAGUAAAAAACAUCAUGGUGCAGGAGUUUGUCAAGCACGGGGCCCUCGACCUUUACUUGAAAAGAAGCAAAUCUAUGUCAGUGAGCUGGAAACUCAAUGUCAUCAAACAACUUGCAUGUGCCCUCACCUUUCUGGAGGAGCAAAACAUUGUACAUGGAAACAUUUGUGCUAAGAAUCUGCUGCUGGCAAGAGAGGGCGACCACUCCAAGAACAGCUCUCCAUUCAUCAAGCUCAGUGAUCCAGGCAUCAGUGUGUCCAUGCUUGGAAAAGAUGUUAUCCUGGACAGGAUCCCCUGGGUGGCCCCGGAGGUGCUUCAGGCCUCAGACAACCUGACCCUCGAGUGUGACAAGUGGAGCUUUGGUGCCACUGUGUGGGAAGUCUUCAACAAUGGAAACUCCCCACUUCAAGGCUGGAGCCUCGAGCAGAAGCAGAUGUUUUAUGAAAGUUCGAAGCAGCUGCCUCCCUCCCAGUGGACUGAGUUGGCAGAUCUCAUUGGUCAGUGUAUGGACUAUGAAGCAGCGUUCAGACCCUCCUGUCGCAGUAUCAUCCGUCAGCUCAACAGCCUCAUCACAUCAGACUAUGUGAUCCUUCAUGCCGCUGAGCCCGUCACGGAGAGUCCUGUGAGCCUGGUUCUCACCCCAACCCAGCACAAAGACACACUGUUUGAGGAGAGACACUUACGCUACAUCUCCCCGCUGGGAAAAGGUAACUUUGGCAGCGUUGAACUUUGUCGUUACGACCCGCUGGGUGAUAACACCGGCGAGCUGGUGGCCGUGAAGAAGCUGCAGCCCAACAAGCAGUCGAACCUGGAGGACUUCCAGAAGGAGGUCAAAACCCUCAGUGUUUUACACUGUGACUUCAUCGUCAAGUACAGAGGACUCUGCUACAGCAUGGGUCGCCUCAGCAUGAGCCUGGUGAUGGAGUACCUGCCGUAUGGCAGCCUGAUUGGCUACAUGGAGAGCAAUCGACCCAACAUCAACACCAGGCGGAUGCUACUUUUUGCUUCUCAGAUCUGUAAGGGGAUGGAGUACCUGCAGUCCCUGCGUUAUGUCCACCGGGACCUUGCAGCCAGAAAUAUCCUUGUUGCCAAUGAAUCUUUGGUGAAAAUCGCUGAUUUUGGGCUGACAAAGAUUAUUCCCUGUGACAAGGAGUAUUACCGUGUCACACAGCCUGGAGAGAGCCCCAUCUUUUGGUACGCCCCAGAGUCCAUCAGCGAGUCCAGAUUCUCGCAAAAAUCAGACGUCUGGAGUUUUGGCAUCGUUCUUCAUGAGCUCUUCUCCUACUGUGAUGUGAACUGCAAUCCAAAACGGCUAUACAUGCAGGAGAUUGGACACAGCGCACAAGGUGCAUCCAUUUCAAUGCAUUUGGCAAAUAUUCUGAAGUUAAACUGGAGACUGCCGGCUCCUCACAACUGCCCACCCAAGGUAUACAGCUUGAUUAUGGAGUGCUGGGCGUACGACUUUGAUGACCGGCCGUGUUUCUCCAGCUUGGGAAACCAGAUUGAAACCCUAAUACAGGAUGAAAGAGAGAGCCCAAAAGGCUGAAGAUCAACAUGACUGUAUCUCAGAGUUGUUGUUGAUUCAACAAACUGACAAGAGAAAAAAAUCUAACUUCCUUUAUAGUCUCAUUUGAGGUUGUCAGAAUGACAACAGUGAAUGUCUACGGCAGCACAUAGUAUAUACAGAUUUGUUACUGACUAACACGAGUAUUGUGAUAGACGCAUUUAUAAGCAGGAUUAAGAAAAGUCACUCACUCAAAACUGCCACAAGGCCUGUACACUCAUGAACCUGUAUUAGUUGUUAGAUAUCUUUUUAAUAAAACAGGUACUUUAUUCCCCAGUUACAUUUUUAAACAGAGGACAUUAUAGUCAUAUAACCUUUUAGUAUGACCAUAAGAUGACAUUUCAAUAUGGUAUAAAGAGAUAAAGAGAUAAAAUAUAUGGCCUUGCUUUUGAUUUUCCCUGAGCUUUCCUUAUUGAAAUAUAAAAGACUUUGAAUUUUGACUGAAGGUAUAACUUUUGAUUCAAUGUUUUCUUUGUGCAUUUUACUGUAAUGAGGUUUUUUUCUAAAGAAUAUAUAUAUAUAUAUAUAACUGGGAUCUUGUUUUGUGGCCUAAAAUAAAAUUAAUAUCGAGGCAGUUUCUUAUUGAUUAUUACUCAUAACAAUGAUGUCAUGUUCUUGUAAAUGUGUGAGGCAAUUGAGUAUCUUAGAUAUGCAAUUUUCAACUAAUCCACAAGGACUUUAAAAAGUCAAUAAAAUGCAUGAAAUAGAUAAUAGAAAUAGAUAGCAAUGUUGGUUGUUUAAUGGGUGCACUGUAAUUCAUCACAACAUUAAAAGCAAUGAACAAGG